GCCAGUCUAGCUUGCCGGAUGGGAUGAUAUGUUGAACUGGCCUUGGCGGUGUAGAGACCGAGAUGGGUGGAACGAGCUGAGGAAAUCGCGAGCUAAUAACGGUCUCGGUGCGUGUCAGCCCCAAUCACCGAAUACCGUGAUCGGCGCAGCAAGUGUUGGCAUUUGCGCCUCGGCUUUGGGAAGACGACAUGUGUGGCCAUCCAUUGAUUGACUCCGACUUCUCAAUCCUGACCAUGAGCCUCAGUCGCAGUCGACCGCUUUUCCAGGGUCAGUCAGCUGGACCCUGCGUGGCGCGCUUGGCCCGCCGACUGGCCUGCAGGGAGAGCUUCCCAGGCAGAAGGUCAGACCGGUGGGCUCUGCGAUGCCGUCACGAGUCAAACCCACCAGACGUCGGGUUCAUUUGACGCACUCUGUGAUAGUAUUUUUUUCUCUUCCCUCUUUCACACCUGGAUAUCAGACCGACAUCACUUCUACAGCGUUUUCCCCGCAAUUCCGGUUCUUUCUCUCUGGCCCUAUCUCUCAACCAGACGAAGCGGUAACACCACCUGCCCUCGCUAGCCCGCUGUAACACGACCUUGUCGCGAUAGCCUGCUCGCCACCCUGGCCGCUAUCGGGCUUCCUAUUCCGGAGGUCUUUAGCGGCGGACCUCCCCGCCGAACGCACUGUGUCUUGGGGCCUCUGGCGGCUUGUGCUAGCGCCCAUCAUUACCCGAACCUGGGCGUGCGAGCUUAAUCCGUCCCCAGCCUUCUGCUUGCUCACGACUGACCGACCAAACCGUCGCCAAACUCGCCCAACUCGCCCAACUCGCCGCUCCGCUUCGGCUCUCUGACAAGAAUUGGCCUCUGUCACUCGUACUAGAGCACACGCGUCACAAUGUCCAAUACAGAUCGGGAGUCGCCGUCCCAGUUCAACCGACCAGGCAUCCUGCAGAUGGCGUCCUCGCCUGGCGGCUCCUACCGCGGCUCGCUCAGCUCCUCCAUCCCACGCGCCGAUGCCACCGCUCGCCUCGCCUCCCCGCUCCCGACCCAGCUCACUGGCUCCCCCUCGGCCGCCCUGGGCCAGACAGCAUCCGGGCCCCGCCGCCAGGAAUCGACUGGCGACCUCACUCCGCUUGCCGGCGCUGGCAGCCCUGUUCCAGGUCCCGGCAUCUCGGCGCUGGCCGCUGCCUUGUCCCACACCAUCGGCACCUCACCGCCGCGGUUCGGUACACCUCCUGUAAGGGCUGCUUCGCCCGCUGCCUCGUCCUCGGCCGUCCCUGUCGGCCCCGGAACCCCGACAAACUACGGCUCCUUCGAGGCGAGGACUCGCCUGUUGCAGCAGCAGCAGCAGCAGCAGGCCGGCAAUGGCACCUCAGCCGGCGCGUUCGAAGAUGCCGAGAUUGUUAGGAGGCAUCUCGUCCAGUCAAGCGACGCGGUAAACACCCCAGAAGACUCUAGCAAAGGGAAACAGGCGGCCGAGGCCGCCAGCCCAGGGUUUGGUGACGAGGAGUUCUCCAGUUUGAGGUUGCAGGGUGGUGACAUCACGCGUCCCAUCUACAAGUGGACUGAGGACGCCACAAACCGUGUACAGCGGAGUAAGAGCUUCAGCGUACCCCGCCCUGACCCGGAGCACGAGGUGCUGGACAUCAACAACAUCAAGGUUCCCGGUGGGUUCCGCCGCAACUUCCUCCGCCGCGCGGCUAGGAGUCCCUCGGCCAACCCCAGCGCUCUCGAGACUGGUGCCGGAUCUUCGCAUGAUACCCCUCUCUUCACCUCGAGCUUCCUCGAGUUCCUCUCGAUAUAUGGCCAUUUUGCGGGCGAGGAGCUCGAGGAGGACGACGAGGCCCUCGGACCAGGAGAGUAUUUCUCCUCGGGCGACGAGGAUCUCUCGGCCGCGGGCUACGACGGUUCGGACGAUGACCGCGAGCCAAUGGAAGAUAGCGCACUGCUCACCCCUUCGCGGCGCAAGCGCAGGAGGAAGCACCGUGGUGGCAGCGGCAAGGCCACACCCAUGAGCGCCGCUGCCGUGUUGCUCAAGUCCUUUGUCGGCACGGGUGUGCUGUUCCUGCCCAGAGCGUACCUCAACGGCGGUAUGCUCUUUAGUAACCUCGUGCUGCUUGGAGUCGCCGCCCUCAGCUACUACUGCUUCGUCCUCCUCGUCACGACCCGGCUCAAGGUUGAAGGCUCCUUUGGUGAUAUUGGUGGGAUCCUGUAUGGCAAGUGGAUGCGACUUCUCAUCCUGACGUCUAUCGUCAUCAGCCAAGUCGGGUUCGUUGCCGCAUACAUUGUAUUCACUUCGGAAAACCUACAGGCCUUCAUCUUGGCCGUUUCCGACUGCAAGACCAUGAUCGACGUCAAGUAUCUCAUCCUGAUGCAGAUGAUCAUAUUCCUGCCCUUCUCGCUGCUGCGCGACAUCAACAAGCUGGGGUUUACUGCGCUCAUAGCCGACGCCUUCAUCGUCAUCGGACUGGCCUAUCUAUUCUACUACGACGUGCUCACGCUAAACACGAACGGGCUGGCGGAUAUCACCAUGUUCAACCAGAAGGACUGGACCUUGUUCAUUGGCACCGCCAUCUUCACGUUUGAAGGUAUUGGGCUGAUCAUCCCUAUUCAGGAGUCGAUGAAGGACCCGAGAAAGUUCCCCAAAGUCAUGUUCGCCAUCAUGAUCAUCAUCACCACCAUCUUCGUCACCAUGGGCGCUGUGUCGUACGCGGCCUACGGCUCCAAGACGGAGACGGUCGUGCUUCUGAACCUGCCCCAGGACAACAAGAUGGUCAACGCUGUGCAGUUCCUGUACUCGCUCGCCAUCCUUCUGUCGACACCGCUGCAGAUCUUCCCGGCAAUUCGGAUCAUGGAGAAUGGGCUGUUCACGCGCAGCGGCAAGUACAACCCCUACAUCAAGUGGCAGAAGAACCUGUUCCGCUUCCUCGUGGUUGCGGGCUGCGCUGCUCUCGCCUGGGGUGGUGCCGACAACCUGGACAAGUUCGUGGCGCUGGUGGGCAACUUUGCCUGCAUCCCUCUCGUUUACAUUUACCCGCCCCUUCUCCAUUACAAGGGUGUUGCUAGAAGUGCGCUCUGGAAGGGGGCCGAUAUCGGUCUCUGCAUCCUUGGCUUCAUCGCCAUGGCCUACACUACUAGCCUAACUGUCAUGGCCUGGGCCUCAUCUGGCGGAGGUCCUAGCCUUCCGGGGUACUGCGACUCCAGAAGACCGUGAAAGGAGAGUUCGUCAGCAAAUAAGUUCGGGUUGGGGAGCUCUGCUGUCUCCCGUCGGCGGCGACUCUUGAGAGGUUUUUUUUUAUGCCUUGUAUUUUUUAUUCUUUCUCGUCGUCAUUUUCUUUUCCCACAAGUUGCCUCGACCUGCAUGGGAAGUUGCAUACAGCGUAUAAACGGGACACUAUUCAAGAGGAGGAAGGGUGGCUUGUUCAGAAAGUGUACAACAAGCAGAGAGGUGCCUGUCCCAGCAUGGAAAUUGUAGAUAGUUCUGGACUUCCAACACCCCUAGCGCAAUUAGAAUUAGCUCAGGUAUAUCAGAUUGGAAUAAUGGAAUCGUUGAAAACAA